AUGUUCUUAGGCAUGGCCGAUCUACAGGCCGAGAUCGAAUUAACGGUAGAGUUGAGAAAGUUUAUAAAUAUCGAUUUAUUUGUGCAAGGAUAUUAUCAAAUUCGCACUGGGGUCAAGUUUGGGACACGAACACAAUCAGCAACGAAAAUUGAAAUCAAGUCCGAACUUUCUCCUGUGAUCGAUGAUUCAAACGAUUCCAUUUAUCCAGCGUGUGUAUUCAAUGAUUGGGGUGUGAGCAAAACAUUUUUGAUCAUAUUCAAAAAUGAGGAAGUACCAUUGGAUGAUCAAUUUAAUUUUAAACUUUCAGUCAUUGUCGAUGCGCAAAACAUUGCCGAAUGUUUCAAUCGAUUGGACAUGCAACUGUUGCUGGAGCUAUACUUUUUGGAAAGAGACUACUCCGCCAUCAUUCCACGAAAUCAAAUAAAUAGAUGA